AUGGCCGCGUUGAUGCGGAGCAAGGAUUCCUCCCGCUGCCUACUCCUACUGGCCGCGGUGCUGAUGGUGGAGAGUUCACAGCUAGGCAGCUCUCGGGCCAAACUCAACUCCAUCAAGUCCUCUCUGGGAGGGGAGACUCCUGCUCAGGCUGCCAAUCGAUCUGCGGGCAUGAACCAAGGACUGGCGUUCGGCGGCAGUAAGAAGGGCAAAAGCCUGGGGCAGGCCUACCCUUGCAGCAGUGACAAGGAAUGCGAAGUUGGAAGAUACUGCCACAGCCCCCACCAAGGAUCGUCAGCCUGCAUGGUCUGUCGGAGGAAAAAGAAGCGAUGCCAUAGAGAUGGCGUGUGCUGCCCUGGUACCCGCUGCAAUAAUGGCAUCUGCAUCCCAGUCACUGAGAGCAUCCUGACGCCUCAUAUCCCAGCUCUGGACGGCACUCGGCACAGAGACCGCAACCAUGGUCACUAUUCUAACCAUGACCUGGGAUGGCAGAAUCUAGGAAGGCCCCACACCAAGAUGCCUCAUAUAAAAGGGCAUGAAGGAGACCCCUGCCUGCGAUCAUCAGACUGUAUCGAUGGAUUUUGCUGUGCUCGCCACUUCUGGACCAAAAUCUGCAAACCGGUGCUCCAUCAGGGGGAAGUCUGUACCAAACAACGCAAGAAGGGCUCCCACGGGCUGGAGAUUUUCCAGAGGUGUGACUGUGCAAAGGGCCUGUCCUGCAAGGUGUGGAAAGAUGCUACCUACUCCUCCAAAGCCAGGCUCCACGUGUGCCAGAAGAUCUGAUAAGCACUGGAAGAGUCAUUGCUAGCAGACUGUGAAUUUGUGUAUUUAAUGCAUUAUGUCGUGAUGGAAAAUCCAGUUUGGAAUUUGGAAUAAUGAGGGAUGUGGUAAGAGUGUGGAACACAGGAGGGCAGGACUGAAUUUAAACCAAGACUGUGACAACCAAAGCACAGUGUUUCCAUUAUGCGACUUGUUUAUGUAAAUAAUGUACACAUUUGUGAAAAUGCUGUUAUUAAAAGAGAGCACACCAUGAAACUUACUGACAAAUACCACAAAAAUAACCUUAAGCCACAUUUCUACUCAAAGCUACAGUUUAAUAAAUUACUCUCGCUGUCCCUUGACAUAAGAUAAUCUCUAAAACAUGGGAAAAGCUGAUGGGCAGGAAGUGAAAAUAUCCAGCCUUAUUAAUUCGCAUCAUAAAAGUCACCUUUUAAUUUGGAACUCCACUUUGACUUCUCAAAUAAAGGUCUUGGUAGACAAGAGGAAAAGGCAGUCAAUGGUUUCCAAAUCACUUCAAGAUACUGGCAUGCCAUUUAGACAUUAGAAAAAGGUAAACAUGUGUCUUUUCAGACCAUUCACUUCUUUCUUCAAAAACCUAAUUUCCCCUGAAUCAAUCAAGACAGAUAUAAGAUGAAAACAGAUCCUGCAUUGUGAAGGAAUGACAUCUCAAACAUAAUACCCACUCAAGCUAGCAUCGUUAACUGUGCCAAGUGCAGUACAAGCAAGCAAAGGGCAGAAUUUUCAUAGAUUGCAAAAACAUUCAAGAUGUCUAAAACAUGAGGGAAACUGAAAAUGGAGUAAGCAUUGUUUUGCCAGAGCUUUGACAUACCCUACAUGUGGUAGAAUUAGACCGCUAAAUACAUUUAUCUUUGCAUAGCUGGAGACCAGUAGGUCAAAGGUGACCCUAGAGACUUGACUGAUAUCUGUACUGUGUCAAACACAGCAGGGAAGUAGAGGAAACCUUGUUAUUUGUCCAGACUUUAAGAUCACAUGUCUGAAGCACAGGCUGAAUGUUCAUGGCUAAUACCAAUGGCUCCACAAAGUUGAAACUCUCCAUGGAAUUUGUUCUUCUCAUGCAGAUGAGUUCAGUGCAGUGCCUGAACUUUCCCAGCUGUAUUAUAUUUCAUGGUUUUGAGGAUGCAAAAGAAUCUCGAUAUAAGGGGAUCUUACACAUCGGAUUCUUUUAAACCAGGUGGUACAAGAGGAACAAAUGUCACCAGAAGUUUCUGUACGAACCUUUCAAUGGAAUAGGUAU